CCGUAGCGUAAUGCUCUGCGGGGAAACGAGCCCGACCUGUUUGCCGCGGGGCUGCGGCCGCGCAGGAAUGUGGGUGGUUGGAGGCUGCAGGCGGGUCCUGUAGGGGGGACAAGGAGCUUGGCCCCCGCCCUGCACCCGCACUCUGCGCUCAGCACCAGCACCAUGAGCCCGCUGCUGCUCCUGCUGCUGGCCACGGCCCACGGCCUGGAGAAACUGCGCUACAAACCCAGACUGGCUGAUGGGGACCUGGGGGGCCGUGUGACGGGCAGCACCUUCGUGCUGGAGCAGCCCCGCUGCGUCUUCCAGGACUACAGCACAGCCGACAUCUGGCUGGUGGUGGCCACCAGUAAGGGCGUAGCCGACUUCAAUGACAGCGCGCAGCCGGGGAUGCCCGAGUGGAGCUUCCAGCGCUUCCCUGCCAACACCUCGGCCUACCUGACGCUGGGCGCCCUGCUGUACCACUACCACUGCCCCAAACCCGACGGGGAGCUCACCGUGCUGCGCGUGGGCAGCGAGACCAGCUGUGCCAACAACGUGUCCGUACCCAACUGCAACGGGCCCCUGCCCGGCCCCGGGCCCUACAGGGUGAAGUUCCUUGCACUGAAUGGCUCUGAGCCCAUAGCCACCACGGAAUGGUCAAAGCCCAUCACACUGAGGACAGCCCAGCAGCCCCCGAGCAGCCCUGGGUCAGGCAGUGGCCGCAGCGGUGCCAUGAUCGCCAUCGCCGCCAUCCUGUCGGUGCUGCUGGCCAUCCUGCUGGCCGCCCUCCUGGCCGCGCUGUGCGGCUCCGAGGCGUGCGGUGCGGGCAGCUUCAGGCCGGACGCGGCGUCCAUCCGGCGCUACAACACCCACCACGUGUACGACCAGCCGGCCGCGCGGCUCUGAGCGGGGACGUCGUGUCACCGUGUCACCGUGGUGGGAAAUAAACGGAUCCGCGUGUGCCGUG